CCAAACCGCUGCACGCUGACCGAGCUCUUCAACGCUUCAUGUUCCCUUGUCGCCACCCGCCCGGCAUUGCGUCCGGCGCCGUCCCACGAUAGACUGCUCUUCCUGCAGCCGCCCUCCCGCUCGCUACACUUUGUGAUUUCCAAGACCGACAUAGACUCAUCGUGUAUCGCGUUAGACAUCGACACGCGUGUCCAGCCAUUGCUCCACUGCAUGGCAACCUCCAUCUGAACCGACAGCGUCACCGCAGCCGCAUCGCGAGCCUCUAGACCACCUCGCCCACCACCCACCACCAUGAGCGCGCCUAGGUCAAACCCGCCCAACGGGCCGAAUGCGAACGCGCCGAACCCCAAUGCCCCGAACCCGGCCGCUCCCAACGCCGCCCAGAAUGCCGCGGCAAUGCGCAUUCCCGCUAGCCUGCGCAGACGCACGGCGGCCGCGUCGAAUCCUCUCGUGGGCCGGCGUAAACACGAUCCCUCCAAGACCAUGAACCGCCCCGCCUCGACACAGCGCCCGUCCAGCACAGCCUAUGUCAAGGCCACGCCCAAGGACCCCCUCAUCGCCCUCAAGGAGCAGAACGAGAAACGCCUCAAGGACUUCGAGGCUCAGCGCAAAAAGAACGGCGGUUGGACCAACCCACCGCCACAAGGCGAAUUCAUGGACUACCCGCUUGUUAUUAGCAAGCGCGCCCUGGAUGAUGACACUCUCUUCCACGUCAUGCGCUUCUCCCACACCAAAGGUGGACAAAUCGACCAUACCGUGGACCCGACUGACCCGAACGACUUCACCCGUCCCGUCGUCCUCCACCGCCGCGACGCGCAACAGCCGGCUGCAGCUCGCGAGGUCAAGGAUGAGGCUGCGGUUGAGGAGGAGCCAGCGAAGCCAACGAUGGACGAGAAGGAAGCCGAGCGCCUGGAGAAGCUCAAGGCCGAGAAGGAAGCGCAGCGCCAAGAGGACCUGGCCAAGAUCGCGCCGGGGGUGAAGACGGCCAACGCAGAGCCGGCGCAAAAGAAGACUCAGAAGAAGGAGAAGCCGUUCAACGCUCACUUUCACACCAAAAAGACAGCCGACCCCAAGGCGGGGCAGCUCAGAUACGCAGAGGCCCUCCCUUGGCACAUUGAGGACGCUGAUGGCAAGAAUGUCUGGUUCGGCCAGUACGUGGCUCCGCUGUCCCGUGCGAACGUGGGCCUGGUCAUUAGCGGGCAAGGAUUCAAGAUGAUACCGCUGGAGAAGUACUACCGCUUCAUCGCCAAGCCCGCCUUCAAGGGGUUCAGCCUUGAGGAGGCCGAGGCCCAGAUGAAGCAGAAACUAAAGAUGCCUAUCUGGGCCGAGAAGGGGGAGUCUAAGGAGGCAAAGGCAGAGCUGGCCGCCACUCGUCGUUGGAUGGGCGGCGGCUCCAUGGUCAAGCAGGAGAGCAGCACCUACAGGGCCGCCCCGCGGUCCGAGAAGGUUGACCAUGACGACGUCGACAUGUCGGGCGACGAGUUCCAGGACGAUGAUGAGGCCCCCACCAUGGAGCGCGAUAAUGACGAGGAUGCCAAGGAUGCGCGAGAGCGUCAGCGUCGAGAUCACAUGGGCGCCAACCUGUUCGGUGAGGCCGACGAGAAGGAGGUGGACGAGGAGGAGACUGCCAAGAUGCUAGAGGAUGCCGUACGAAAGAUGCACGGCAAGAAAGUCCGCAAGGCUCUCACGCGUCACGAGAAGCACCUGGAGUACCAGAGCGACUCGGACAGCAACCCAUACGCAUCUUCGAGUGACGAGGAGGAGGAGAAGCCGGACGAGGAAAAGAAGGACGAGGCCAAUGGUAAGGAUGGCGAGAAGGAAAAGGAGAGUGAGACCAAAGAUUCCAAGGACCCCAAGGAUGCCAAAGACAAGAAGGCCGCAGCCAAGGGGAGUGGCGCGGCGGGCAAAUCCAAGGCGGACGCGACGAAGGGACCCAAGUCGCUUAAGCGGCCUGGAUCUCCCAACCUGUCCGAGUCGAGUGGAAACGAGUCGACGCGGAAGAAGGCCAAGAAGACGGCCACCUCAUCGGUCCAGCCCAGCCGCUCAGGCACGCCCCUUCCCCAGCGCACCAAGGUCAAGCCGGCAGGUAGCGCCACCAGCGACGGGGAGGCGACGGGCGGAGAGAUGUCUGACGGUGGACUCAAGAAAAAGAAGCUCUCCAAGCUGGGUGGGACGGGCACUCCCGGGGGCUCGAGGGCCGGAAGCCCAGUCCCGUCGCAGGGACCGGUUGGCUCUUCAUCCGCUGGCGUCUCCCCGAAGAAGGGGACCCCAGUGCCCGAUGGUCCCGGGCAAAUCAUUACCCGUGAGGAGCUGCUGGCCGCGCUCGAGGCCAACCCCAAUGGCAUUAGUAUUGGUGACCUUCUGAAGCGGUACUUUAGCGACCGCGUCGGCGAUGGCGAAAACAAGCUCCAGAAGAACAAGUUCAUCUCGUUGGUGACCAGAAACUCCAUCUUCAGAAAGGCCGACAAGCUGCUGCUUCCAAAGCCCAAGAAGGAGGCCUCCUAGACUGCCCUCCAGGGGGCUGCUCGGCGACAGACGGGGAAUUUGCUAGGACCUUACUACAGUUAACGGCGUUGGUAUGGAUAAACGUCGUUCACACAUGGACGGCAUACUCAAAACGUGCACUGAGCAGACGAGGGCACCAAAACACCGAGCACGUGUGAGCGUGUACGAAUAGAUGCUUGUGAUUUUCUCAAAUAGGGGUAUAUAGGUUAUUAUCGCGCCCCUCGGCGACGCUCGCACUAUUUUCAGUCCUCGUCCAUCUGCCACGAAUACUCCAAGCCCUUGUUGCGUUCGCGACGGUUGAGCGCCUUGAAGCGCUCGACCUCGAACCCGUUGCCGCGGUCCACGCCGUCCCAGC